AUGCCAAGAGUUCAAAAGCAAAAGACUAAAAAGGUCGCUCCAGCCCCACUCCCAUUCAAGAAGGCUUCCACUAAGGCCCCAAAGAACCCACUUACCGAAAAGACCCCAAGAAACUUCGGUAUUGGUCAAGAUGUUCUCCCAAAGAGAGACCUUUCUCGUUUCGUUAAAUGGCCAGAAUACAUCCGUCUUCAACGCCAAAAGGUUGUUCUCCAACAACGUCUUAAGGUUCCACCAGCUAUUAACCAAUUCAACCACGUUUUAGAUAAGAACACUGCUACUCAAGUUUUCAAGCUUCUUAACAAGUACAGACCAGAAACCAAGAAGGAAAAGAAGGAACGUCUUGCUGCCAUCGCCAGCUCUGCUGCUGAAGGUAACAAGGUCGACCAAGGUAAGAAGCCAGUCGUUGUUAAGUACGGUAUUAACCACAUCACCGCUUUAGUUGAAGCUAAGAAGGCUAAGCUUGUUGUUAUUGCUGAUGAUGUUGACCCAAUCGAAAUUGUUCUCUGGCUCCCAGCUCUCUGUAAGAAGAUGGGUGUUCCAUACUGUAUUGUUAAGGGUAAGGCUAGACUCGGUACUGUUGUCCACAAGAAGACUGCUACCGCUCUUGCCAUUACUGACGUUAAGGCCGAAGACAACUCUCAACUCUCUUCCCUUGUUAACACUAUCAAGGCCGGUUUCAUGGCUAAGGCUGAUGAAGAACACAAGCACUGGGGUGGUGGUAUCAUGGGUGCCAAGACCAUUAACAUGUUAGCUAAGAGAGAAGCUGCUCGUGCUAAGGAACUUAAAGCUUAA